AUGAACAACACAACUAGCGGCAUCUACUCCAAUGACCAAAUGAGAAAAUGGGAUGCCAUAGUUCGCUCUGGGUGGCCGGUCGUUAUCAGCAGCAACUCCUGGGCGAUUUCUAUUGCUCUUAUAACCCUCUUGUAUCAACUAGUUGCGGCGCGGCUCUUCAGGCCGUACGCCAUGGGGCUCUUCUGGCUUCUUUCUGAAGAUCACCGGGCGUGGGACGUUGACCAAGUCAGAGUGGCUAUGGCAAAUACGAUGAGUCCGCUGACCGCACUUCUCAGCAAGCCCGCAUAUCGAAUCCUGAUCAGUAGUUUCUCCACAAAAUAUCGGCUGGCGAGGAGCAUUGCUCUGCUUUGGCUGCUCGGCGCCCUGUCGUUGGCGAGGGAAAUACCCGUGGUCCAGGGAGUCCCUGGCUCGACUGAUGACUGCAUCCUGAUGCCCAAUUUCACCAAUUGGAUGGCCAGUGCCCAAUACGACGGGUUGCUCUCUGUGGAUAUGUUGCGAUCCGCCGACGUCGACAGAUAUAACUAUACCGCCACGAAUGCCGCAUCUGUUGGUCUCCCCAACAACAAAGACCGAGUAGUAAUAUCUUCGGACUGCCCGGAGUGGGCACCCAUCUGCGACCGGAGCAAUCCAUUGCGAAUUGAUAUCGACUUCUGGCUAAAGCAGUCUGACUUGGGUAUUGGCAGCAGAGCACGGUCCGAACAUGUUGAGUUCGGAGUAUUGAAUACCUGCUACAAGCUUGAAAUUCGCACAAAAGUCCUACAGACAGAGGAAGACGGGACAAACAUUUACGGAUUGCUCUAUGGCACGGACCAUAAUUUAAGUGAUUUUGUGACCGAUAAAGUUAACCCCGGGAAGGAGGCGUUUGGAUACGGGUACAACCUAUUUCCCCACUUUAACACCAGCGGGGAUUCUACAAAACCCCUCUGGACACCCAACGACACGCUAGCCCACUACGGCGAUCGAACGCUUCUAUUCUAUCAUCUUGGCGGCAUUUUUAGCCCAAGUCCGAGCAGUGAUCCGAUAUUUGGAACGAACACCACGCCUAUCGAGGAGCAUUAUAUUUAUUUACACCGAGUUAUACCGGUUAUAUGUAAUACAAGUUACGCCUACUGUCCCAGGGAAGGGGGAGACUGCUUUUCUCUUGGCGGCACCGAUGCGGUUGGCAAAUAUAGUAAGAGCAAAGGCCUGGGCUUUCUUGAGCUAAUGUGGGCAAACACAUGGAUCUCCUUGUUUUCAACGGUCACCCACAGCAGCGAGUCGGUCUAUGCUAGUCGCACCCUAUCCUUCGGAACGACACAGCUGGCUCCGGGCGAGGUAAGCGGACACGCGGAAAUUAUACGACUUGUACUCGCGAGCCGCGUGCUGCUCUUGACAUCCGCCAAGAGAGCCGUAUCUGACUGGCGCAGGUAUGUCUCGUGGAGCCUCCCAGAGCAGACCACGAAGAAGACAGAGUCGCUGCUAGAGACGUGCCGGCUGACGCUGAUGGAAGACCCGGCACACAUCACAACGUCCGCACGGGCACUCCUCAUCGUCGUCCUCAUUGGUAGUGUACCUUUGCUGCUCUCUUUCACCGGUCCCAUGCUUCGCUAUUUCCUCUGGAGACGGUUGUGCGUCUUUACGAUCCGAUGGAGGCUGCGCACGGCGCCACAUUUGCAUCGGACCACGUUGGAGCGCGGGGAUCCGGAUCGAUUCUGGCCCGGUGACGUGGCGGACGAAUGGCCGGUCGGAAGGGGCUGUGCGGAUGAAGUGGGAUUGGUCGAGAGUUACACGGGAUACCAUGCAGUUUACCGACCUGAUGCUGAGUUGAGAUAUAUGCCAAAGCACAGGCCGAGGCGUGCAGAUGUGUGA